AUGUGGGUUUUGCUUGAGGCGCCAUUUGGUCUGUGUCUAUCCGGACGAGGAAGACGCGGGUCACUCAGUUACGGGGGCCGAGAUCCUACAGGCAAUCCACAAGCUGACAAGAUUGGUGGAGAGCCAACAGCCUCUUCAACAUUACCAGCAACAGUCGCCCGCACAGGCUAUCGACUCCUCGCCCUAUGUGCCCCACUCGCGCGGCUGGAGUCAAAGUACAUCGAUACUCUCCACACCAAGAACCCGAUCCUAGACCUAGGUGAUCUGCAUCGCAUGAUCCUACAGGUUGCCGAGGACGGACUCGACUGGUCUACACAAACAUGUUUGGUAGCCUUGGUAUGUGCCAACGCUGCCAUCACCGAGCCAUAUCCUGAAUCCGUCGGAGAAGACGAGAUGUCCUUGUCGUCUACACCAGACCAGCAGGCUAGAGAAAAGGCCGAGCUGGACCUGUCAAUGCAAUUUUGGAAUGUCGCCAUCAAACGUCUUGGUUAUGCAUCAGGACAGAGCAGUGUGCAGGCAGUUCAAUGCCUAUGUCUGGCGGGCAUCUGGUACAUGCAUCGACUCGAACCUCUCGAAGCUUGGAAGCACUUCAGCCUCGCCGGCACAGCAUGGCAUAGUCUCAGCUUGACACACUUUCCUCAUGGCGAACUCAUCAACCAAGCAGAUUCUUCCUCCAACGAACUCACCAUCAUGCAGGCUCUCUACUUUACCAUCUGGAAGUCGGAAUGCGAGCUAAGACUAGAAUUACCGUUGCCGAGCCCCUCGGUCCUCGACAACGCGUAUUUCCCCCUGGCGUUCCCCCAGCCUCCAAGUCUCGGCUCGCACCCGCUAGAUCCCGAUACAACGGAGCGAGAGCGGAGUUGGUAUUACUACCUCAGUGAGAUCGCGGCAAGACAUCUCAUCAAUCGACUUCUCCAGAUGAACUCGGAGGUUCCCACCACGCCAACUGAGAAGCAAGUUCGCCGCAUGAUCUCCCAGGCUGAGAUGAUGGAAACUCAGAUCUUUGACUGGUACUCGUCGUUGCCGCCAAUCUUCUACUUUGACAUCCCAGAGGGCUACCAAAUCGACUUUCAUCCAAACGCCAUGAUCUUUGUUUUACGGCACCGGUUUUUCACCCUUCGCGAGCUUGUGUCACGGCCAUUCAACGUUCCCUCCGUCCGUGUGAGCGAUGGGCCGAACGGGGUGCGAGGGACCAAAUUCAUCGACGGUGUACCUGCAGCAUGCUUGCCUUGCGGUACAGGCCUAGCGGCCACAUGGGAUCAAGAUCUCCUCUACCAGGCAGGUAUUCUGAUAGGCAACGAAUGCAAAGCAAAGGGUGCACACUGCUGGCUCGGUCCAACUGUUUGUAUCCAACGCUCUCCGCUAGGUGGUCGCGGCUUUGAGUCCAUGGCAGAGGACCCAUAUGCCACAGGCAAGCUGGCUGCCGCAUACAUCAAGGGAGUCCAGUCGACCGGCGUUGUGUCUGUCAUCAAGCAUUGGUUGGCCAACGACCAAGAACACGAAAGAGUCGGGGUCAAUGUCGUGGUUAGCGAGCGGGCCUUGCGAGAGAUUCACAUGCUUCCCUUCCAAAUAGCCCUCCGCGAUGCCGCACCAGGAGCUGUCAUGUCUUGCUACAACAAGGUCAACGGAAAACAUGUCUCUGAAAGUCGAGACCUGCUGGAUGGUCUCCUCCGGGACGAGUGGCAGUGGAAGGGGCUGAUCAUGAGCGACUGGUUUGGUACCUACUCGACGGCUGAAGCUCUGAACGCAGGGUUAGACCUUGAGAUGCCGGGGCCAACCAGACAACGCGGCCAACUACUGGACCUCGCAGUAUCGACGCGAAAGGUAUCCCGGACUACGAUAGACACACGAGCACGCAACGUCCUCGAGUUUGUUCAAAGAUGCAACAAGGUCGCUGUGGCUUCCGAAGAAGGCGGUCGAGACUUUCCUGAAGACAGACAGCUUAAUCGACAGCUAGCUGGGGAUAGUGUUGUCUUGUUGAAGAACGAGGGGGGCCUACUACCGCUCAAGCGGCCAUUCAAGAGUAUCGCCCUGAUUGGGCCCAACAUGAAGAACACGUCGUUUUGUGGUGGCGGUUCAGCACAUCUUCAGCCAUACUACACUGUUUCUCCCUUUGAAGGGAUUGUCGACCAACUACCACCUGAUGUUGAGGUCAAAUACGAAAUCGGCGCUUCGGCAAGUGGCUGGAACCCUCUACUCCAAGCUUCGGACGUCAUGACGCCCAGUGGACGCCCAGGCCUGCGAAUACGCUUCUACCGAGAACCGCCCACCGUCCCAGAUCGCGAGGUCAUCGAUGAGAGUUUGUUGCUCGAGUCCUCAUGGCAACUCAUGGGCUAUUCACAUCCGAAGUUGGAAAAGUUGUUCUACGCUGAAGUGGAGGGCGACUUUGUUGGGCAAGCUACGGGGCCCUUCGAGUUUGGCUUGGCUGUCUAUGGUUCAGCCCGGCUUUACGUCGACGGCCAGCUGUUGAUCGAUAACACUGCUGUGCAGCGCGGCGGCACAUUUUUCUUCGGCAAGGGAACUCUGGAGGAAAAGGCCGAGAUGCACCUCAUCCAGGGCCAGAAGUACAGGAUCAAGGUCGAAUACGAGAGUGCACCGUCAUCCAAACUCGUCAAGCCAGGUGUGGUGAACUUCGGUGGCGGUGCAGGACGACUCGGCCUGGUGAGAGUGAUUGACCCCGAUGCCUCCAUCCGAGCGGCCGUUGACGCUGCAACACAAUCAGAUGUGGCGAUUCUAUGUGUGGGCUUGACAAGAGAUCAAGAAUCUGAGGGUUUUGAUCGUCAGCACAUGGAACUCCCAGGAUUUCUUCCUCGCCUUAUCUCGGCGGUCUUAGAUGCAGCACCCGGCACGAUCAUCGUGUCACAGAGCGGCACACCCUUCAACAUGUUGCCUUGGGCUACGCGGACCAAGACACAUCUGCAUGCAUGGAUGGGGGGUAACGAGACUGGCAACGGCAUCGCCGACGUUAUUUUCGGCAAGAUUUGCCCCAGCGGAAAACUGCCACUCUCUUUCCCAAGACGAAUCGAGGACACACCCACGUAUCUCAACUUCGGAAGCGAGAGGGGGCGCGUCAUAUACGGAGAGGACAUCUAUGUUGGAUACCGAUAUUACGAAAAGGUGGAUAGAAACGUGCUCUAUCCUUUUGGCCAUGGCCUCUCGUACACAACGUUUACGUACUCGAACCUCACCGUCACAUCUUUGCACGUAAACUUGGAAGUUACAAACUCGGGUACAGUUGCUGGAGCUGAAGCGGUUCAGCUUUACAUCGCCGCCGACGAGACAACAUCCUCCAUCGCGAAGCCCAAGAAGGAGUUGAAGGGGUUUAAGAAGGUGCACCUACAACCUGGGCAAACACAGCGGGUACAAAUACCACUGGAUCGAUUUACAACGGCGUUUUGGGACGAGGAGAUGCAUUGCUGGCAAUCUAUCAAAGCCGUGAUCCUUAUGCCAUCUGAACGUGUUCAUGAAAUGAUUGUCUCCCUACCCUGUUGCUUCGCUCUUGGGCUAAAGUCGCUUGUGUCGGGGAGACUCCCCGAUGGCUAA